AUGGCAAAGGCCCGUUCGAGUAACAUAAUCACCUCGGACGUCGAUGAAGAUCGUGUGAGAGCACCCCAUCUUCGCACCGACACUGCCUCCUCACCUAGCAAUCACUUGAGAAGGUGCCUGAUGAAGUGGCGGCGUGAAUACUGA